UAUGGUUGACUUUUGAGGACCGAAGAUUAAGGGAUUAGGCACGUUGGUGAAAGCAGUCACUUAGUGGAUCUUGUCCUAAAAAAACUAGCACUCAGCAUUAGUCUUCAGCUUGAAGUAUCUCCAGCUCUUUACUUCUUCAAGCAGACACAAAAACACUCUUUUCCUCCGCAGCUCUCGGAUCUCAAAUAGCGUUUUAACUCAAGAGGUUUGUAAAAGCAAACUCAUGAACAUCUUCAACUUUUCUUGGAGAAACCAGAGAGGAAAGGUUUCCAUCAAAACAUCAAGGACGAACAUCUCUUCCUCAUCUGGUCAAGAUUAAAGCCAACCACUGAAAGAAGUUAGUUCUUAUGGGGAGGUCUUGUUUGCCGAGAUGGCGAUUAGGAAGACUAAUGGCAGGGUUACAACUGAUCCUAGGUUUAGUAGUGAUCACCGUGAGCCUCUCGUGUCUAUACAGAUUCCAUUCCGCGGGUUACUUCUUGCACAACGAAGACAUUUGCCGUACCAUCUACACAAUCAAAGAAGUCAAGAACAGCGAAGGAUUCGACCUAAAGUCUCUUCACGACCGCGUCGAUGAUGUCCUCGAAAAGAUGGAUAACUUGUACGACAAGCUAGAGAAUACGGUAAAAGAGAUGGAGAAGAGCAAAGACGGAAGCAAAAGAGAGAUCAAGAGGUUUCUUGAGGAGGAAGUAAUGAAGCCGUUUUAUCACGCUCACAUCGGUUUAAGGCAAAUCCGUUUACCAAACCCCGAAGGAAUCAGAAACUCAACGGAGAAGGAAGAGCCCUUGAUCAACAAGUUUCUCGUCGAGGAGAUAAGGAAGUACAUAACUCCAAAGGAGAAUCGUGUAGGGAAGGUGAACAUGUUUGGAACAGAGAGAGUAUACAACACGAUAGGUCAUUCAUGCGUGUUGAUGAAGACGGAGCUAGAGAAGUACAUGGACUACGAUGUUGGAGCUUAUUGUGAUGAUGACUGGAACUUAGCGCAGAAGCUUAUGAUCAACGGGUGUGACCCGUUGCCUAGGAGACGGUGCUUGACAAGAGCUUCCAUGACUUACCAGAAGCCUUAUCCAAUCAACGAGUCGUUGUGGAAGCUUCCUGAUGAUAGAAACGUGAGGUGGGGAAACUACCAGUGCAGGAACUUCGCGUGCUUGUCAAGCAAAAACCCUAAAAGGGGUUAUACCAAGUGCACCGGUUGUUUUGAGAUGGAGAAAGAGAGUACUAAAUGGGUCAAGAACAGCACUCUGUUAGCUGAUUUCAAGAUUGAUGAUGUUCUGAGAGUGAAGCAAGGUGAGAUUAGGAUUGGUUUGGAUGUUGGCGUUGGGACAGGAACAUUUGCUGCGAGAAUGAGAGAGAAGAAUGUGACUAUUGUCACUACUGCUCUGAACUUGGGAGCUCCUUUCAAUGAGAUGAUAGCAUUAAGAGGUUUGAUCCCUUUGUACAUCUCUUUGAACCAGAGGCUACCGUUCUUCGACAAUACCAUGGAUAUGAUUCAUACCGCUGGGUUAAUGGACGGUUGGAUCGAUCUUCUGCUGAUGGAUUUCGUGUUGUAUGAUUGGGAUAGAGUGCUGAGACCGGGUGGGUUGCUGUGGAUUGAUAGGUUCUUCUGUAAGAAGAAGGAUCUUGAUGACUACAUGUACAUGUUCCUGCAGUUUAGGUACAAGAAACACAAGUGGGCUAUUUCACCUAAGUCAAAGGAUGAGGCUUAUCUCUCUGCAUUGCUUGAGAAACCUCCUCGUGCAAUCUAACUACAAAAGUUUAAGCUUAUAUGUUUGUAUCAGAGUUUCUCAUUCAUUUGAUUGUGUACUAAUCUUUGUAUCACUUUGAAAACAAUUAGAAUGUUUCCAGCUCUGUUUGACUUUUACUAGUUUGAAGAUUAUCUGACUGAACUUGAA